GGCUCUAGGACCCUGUUCUCGUUGAUAUUUUUAAUCUGACCACAGAACCUGUUAGCAAUGUUUCCUCUUAGGCUCGCAAGAAGCUAAAAACCACAAGCUUUUACAGACACCAUGUCAGAGCUGUGCUUCAGAGGGGUCUUUUACUCAUGACAUGUCCAGCAUUGGCUCGAAGGCACUGCUAGCGGAUAUAGGUCUUCUAACAUGGACCAAAAAGAGGUUCUGAGCAGAUUCCUGGAAGUGGUGCGAAGCAAAGAGGCCGACUCUAGCGAGGUCUUUGCUAAUGAGUUCACAAGACUAAAAAGACAGUCGACCAAAUACAAAACUGAAAACCCCUCAAAAGAAGCAGAGAAACAGGAAAAUGGCAAGAAAAACAGAUACAAAGAUAUAGUGCCAUUUGAUCACAGCAGAGUGAAGCUGUCGUUGAUAACAUCGGACACAGAUUCUGACUUCAUCAAUGCCAAUUUUAUCAAGGGAGCAUACGGGCAAAAGGCAUACAUUGCCACUCAGGGGCCCCUGCCGAACACUGUCUUAGAUUUCUGGAGGAUGAUCUGGGAAUACAAUGUGCAAGUUAUUGUAAUGGCCUGCAGGGAGUUUGAAAUGGGAAGGAAAAAAUGUGAGCGUUACUGGGCAGCCCCGGAAGAGGAGACGUUUAAGUGUGGCAUUUUCUCCAUUUCAUGCGAAUCUGAGGAAAAUAAAGGCGAUUAUGUUGUUAGGAUACUUAAAGCAACCUUAUUUAAUGAAUGUCGUGCAAUUUAUCAACUCCACUAUGUUAACUGGCCAGACCAUGGAGUCCCCAGCUCCAUAGACCCAAUGCUGGAGAUGAUCUGGGAAAUGCGUUCCUAUCAGGAACACGAUGACGUCCCACUCUGUAUCCACUGCAGUGCUGGCUGCGGCAGGACCGGAGCGAUAUGUGCCAUUGACUACACCUGGAAGCUGCUAAACAACGGGAUUAUCCCCGAGAACUUCAGUGUCUUCGAUUUGGUUCAGGAAAUGAGAACACAAAGGCCGUCCCUUGUCCAAACCAAGGAGCAGUACGAACUUGUUUACACUUCAGUAAAGCACUUGUUCCAGAAACAUUUAGAGAACAUGGGCAGAGAUUGCAAAUUGCACGUGACUGAGAGUCUAUCUACACCUUUGGAUAUCUCAUCUGAAAGUGAGACAACAGCAAGCCAAGAAUCUAAUAUUGUGGAACCAGUGCAAGUUUACAGAUAUUCAGAUGAGGAAAGGCCAGAGAAAACUCUUAAUCAUUGUUUUGAUCUUGCACAAGAAAUUGCACCAUUGACUUCCUCUGCAAACCAGGCCAACACUCAGCCACAGAGCACCCGGCACAGCUUCAGCCCCGUGAGGCACACAGACUCUUACGACCCUGAUGCAGAUAUAAGGUGCAGCAGCGCAGGCUUGUCUGAAAUUAGAAGAAGGCAGCACCUUUCUAUGUUUAUCCACAACAAUAGCUGGGGGAUAGAUCAGGAGAAUGUCCUCAGCUUAGACUCAGACAGGACAGAGGACAGUUACCUGUCUUCAGGAUUAACAAACCCUAGAGAUGGGCCUGGUGGUAAGAUACCAGUAUGCAGGGUGAAAUCAAAUCCUUUUACUCAGGGCUAUCCAGGGGAGGAAUGUGGCCAGGGAAUGAUGGGAGCCUUGUUGGACCUUCGCCAGGAACACACAUCACGUUCCUUGAAUAACCUGGACCAGUACAGAGGGGUGCUGGACGGGCUGGAGGAUCUCAGCUUCACUCGCCCUUACUGGGAACUAGCUCCAGCAAACAAAGAGCACUGGAGUGAACCUGCGGAUCCCUCUCCCUUUCAUCCUGCUUCUCAGGACCAUGCUGGCUUCUGUUAUACUGUGGAGGAUCCUUACUUCUCUGCAGAUAUUAUUGAUUCCCUUGAUGGAUCUCAGGAUGUCCUCGGGGGGUCUAGUGGAAACGCUAGUGAAUGGGGGGAGAGAGCCCUUGACCACUGGACCAAGAUCCCUAGUUACAACACCUCUUCAUCUCGAGGUCUUCUUAAAUGGACGUCUUAUACACAAACAAGACAUGAAUACCCUGACUCAGAUUCCUUUUUAGCCGCUUCAGAUAACCACGCUGGUGAAGAAACUCCACCACCCCUGCCAGAGCGAACUCCAGAGUCCUUUGUGUUGCCCAGCCAGUGUGAGCCUGCCUCUGCUGCCCAGCUUCCUGUUCCUAUACGCACAGAGGAGUUUAUUGAGGUUCCCAGGGACAAUGACUCUCACACUCCUCCACUCCCUGAAAGAACUCUGAAGUCAUUUGUGCUCACCAGCAAAGAGAAGUCUCCGCCUCCAUCCACUCCCCCUCUACCUGAAAGAACACCAGAGUCGUUUGUGCUGGCCAGUUCUCUGAGCCCAGCCCCCCAGCCCCAGCCUUCCACAGACACGUUAAGAGUGGGAAUGUCUUCGGAAUGGUACGGGAAUCCUCAACCAAAGACCUUUUUAGAACCAGAGAAAUCAAUGACCAGAAGCAAGAGUUUAAAAUUUAGAACUUCAAACCUGGGUUCUCUGAGCCCAGCCCUCCAGCCCCAGCCUUCCACAGACACAUUAAGAGUGGGAAUGUCUUCGGAAUGGUGCGGGAAUCCUCAACCAAAGACCUUUUUAGAACCAGAGAAAUCAAUGAGCAGAAGCAAGAGUUUAAAAAUGAAAUGUUCAAAACUGGUGCCCCUUUCUGUUGCCCCUGUACCUACCCCUCUCAGCACAGCAUCUGAAUGGGUUCUCAGAGGGAAUGGUGAACAACUACCUGGAGCUAACAGACCCCCCGACUCAGCCAUGGUGCCAGUCCAGCCAGAUGAGAAGUCUGGUUCAAAACUGUCACUGUCUGGCUUCGCAAGGUCUAAGAGCAUGAAGUUUCUAAAAAAUGUGAAAAAGACAAAGAAUGCAACUUCAGCAGCAAAUGCAGUCGAAUCUGCUCCCUCAAACCACACAAGCUCCAGGUUUAGCUUGGGGUUUGGCAGUCGUUUUUCCAAGCCUAAAGGACCAAGGAAUCUCCCUGCAGGCUGGGUCUGAAGACCUUGUGAUAGUUGGGUCGCUGUAACAGAGGAUCUCUAAGCCCUUCUAUUUCUACAGCACACUGUAAUAUCCUCCUGUCCCUGCUCCAGGGUGUCCUGUAACAGAGGAUCUCUAAGCCCUUCUAUUUCUACAGCACACUGUAAUAUCCUCCUGUCUCCUGCUCCAGGGUGUCCUGUAACAGAGGAUCUCUAAGCCCUUCUAUUUCUACAGCACACUGUAAUAUCCUCAUGUCCCUGCUCCAGGGUGGGUUGCUGUAACAGAGGUGGAAUCACUGGAAGAGACCAUGGUGUGUGUGCCAUCUGAGAAAACACAAGACUUGCUUCACAUUAUCUUGGAAGUCCGCUGAUGGAAUUUAAAAAGUGACAGCCAUUACUGAACACACAUUUGCUCACAGGAAUACAGUAUUUAGUUUAAUGAGGACUGUUUUGUAAGGUUGUCAUAUCUAGAUUUUAUUCUUCAACACACUCUGUGGCCAGUGUUCAAAUGGCAUGUUUUUAUCUGCUCCAUAAAUCCAGGGAUCCACCCAUGAGAGAGUGUUUCCAUUACAGAGGAACUGCACUGCAGAAUCUAGACUAGAACAAUCCCCUUCAGAAUGUACCUGUUUUCAUUAGGACACCCACAUCCACUAUACAGUUGUAGUCAAAAGUUGACAUACCCCAAUGGAAAUGUAUAGUUUCUAGAAAUUUCUCAAACAAAUAAUUAUAGGAAAAAUCUUUUGUAGCAAAGGUUUUGCUUUUGUGGAUGAGGAAAAAAAGUUACAAGAAAUGGUCUACAAUUAUUUAUUCCAGCAAUUUUUUGCAAAACUCCAAAAAUACUAAUUCAAAAGUAUUCAUACCCUGACAACGAUAAUUAAAUUAAUAGCUAGUUGAGGCACCUUUAGCAAUAAUAACCUCUUUUAAAUGAUUAGGAUAUUUGUCAAUGAGCUUUUGGCAUGAUUCUUUAGUGAUUUUUGACCAUUCUUCAACACUAAUGCUGUAUCAUCCAUGGAUUAAUCACCUUAUGCAUGCAGCAGUGUGGAGUAGUGGUUAGGGCUCUGGACUCUGGACUCUGGACCGGAGGGUCAUGGGUUCAAUCCCAGGUGGGGGACACUGCUGCUGUACCCUUGAGUAAACCCAAGUGUAUAAAUGGGUAAUUGUAUGUACAAAUAAUGUGAUAUCUUGAAACAAUUGUAAAUCGCUCUGGAUAAGGGCGUCUGCUAAGAAACAAAUAAUAAUAAUGCAAGUGGCACAGCAUCCAGAUGAAGCAAAAGCCUUGUAAUCUGUACCAGCUGGGAUUCACACAGGAUAAUUUUAGUCCACUAGGGUAUAGGCAUCUCAGUUAUUUAAAUGGUAACUUAAUGCAACAUUCCGUGUUGAAAUGAAACGGUGCAAACUGUUUCUUUCUAUCUAUCCUUUCCAAACUAAAACAAUCCUGAAGUGCACAUAUGAAUGUUUGUGUGCUGCAGUAAAUGUGCAAUGACCCUAUCCAGCCAGCAGGUGCCCUGCAUUGACACACAUGUAUCUUAUUUAACUGUACUAAAAAGCCAUUUACAAACAUUGCUUUUUAUUUUGUGCUGCAAUGCUUUUGAACUUUAACAGUGUGAUAUUACUUCCUCUAAAUGGAUCAACCUGGCUCAAUGGAACUACAACUUGAGAGUACUGGCAUCCAAAUGAGGGUAAACUCAUUGCAUCUUAGAUUUGUAAUGUGUUUAAGUUUAUUAUUAUUUCAGCCUUUCCUGAUUUCCAAAGCAAUGUAAGGAAUGAAUGUACCUGUUUAUUAUUAUUUCAGCCUCUUCUAAUUUCCAAAGCACUGAGUUCAGUGUAAGGAAUGGACCUGUGUUGUAUGUGUUGUUACAUGUGCAUUCCACUGCCAUCAAGGACUAUCACAUUGUAAUUGCUUGUUUAAAUGGUAUUUUUGUAAACUUUUGUCCAAAGAAUUAAACCAGCGCUUUGGGUCA